AUUUUAAAAUACUUUUUGCCGCCAGCAAAUUAUAUAAAUGUCAAGUCUAGAGAUAAACUGCAUCUGGCUCAAGUGUGCAUCCCUUGUCCAGUCACCAGUGGUGAGCAGACAGGGCUUAGCUUAUGUGGUUGCAUGGUACCCUUUCUGGGGGACAGUGUGUGGAACACUUUAAUCAUUAGAAGGGACAGUGGGCCAAUGGUGGCUGAAUCCCUUAAACAGGCAACUAACCUGGUGUUAGGAAGUCCUAAAAGGCUUUCCAAAGGAAGAAAUUCUAGCCUAUAAUUUUUCAUAUAAGAGUUACACAGAAGGGGAUAGGGGAUUAGAAGAGAGUCCAUGCACAAGAAAGAGAACGGUCCAGAGUGAAGGGUGGAGUGUUGAGAGAUAUGGUUGUACAUGUAGGCAAGGUUCAGAUCACACAGGAGUCUACAGGAGUCAUGUUAGGGAUCUUAGACUUCCUCCCAAGAGCUAUAAAGAGCGAUUGAUGAUCCACUUUCAAACAGUGGAAGGAUUUGAGCAAAUCUGAAGUUCUGAAAGACAACUCCAGAAGAGAAUGGGAAGAAGGAAAGAAAAAGGCUCAGAGACCAGAUGGGAGGCUGUUGCAGUGAAACAGUAGAGAUGACACCAUGGACAGGGAGUGAUGGCAGUAGGAAUAGAAAGAAGUGGUUCUGAGAGAGAUUAGGAAGUAAAAUUAAUGGAACCUGGUGAUACGUUGGAGGUGGGGAUGAGGGAGUGGAAGAGUUAAGAAUGACUAUCAGGGAUUUUGUUGGUAUUGAUUGACCAGUGAUUUCCUUUUUUUGUUUGUUUUUAUUUUUUUCUUUCUUCUCAUUUUUGUUUGUUUUUUUUCACUGCCUUUUUUCUUUUCUUUCAUUUACUUUUUUGUAUCUACCUUAGAUGAAUGAUUAUCUUUUUUUUUUUUACUUUUUAUUUAUUGAUUUGAGAAACAUCAGCUGGUUGUUCCACUCAUUGAUACAUUCCCUGGCUGCUUCUUGUAUGUGCACUGACCAGAGAUUGAACCCUCAACCUUCACAUAUUGGAACAACACUCUAACCAACUGAGUUACCCAGCCAGAGCCAGACAAGUGAUUUUCAACCAGUGUACUAUGGUAUACUGGUGUGCUACAAGAAUUUUUAAAACAUACGAUACCUAAUUGUUUAGUCACUGGCACUGCCCUCUUUUCUCUUAGACUGUCAAAUUUAAGAAAUGACAACAGGCAAUACCACAACAGUGCUCCUGUGUGAAUGCCCUGUCUCAAUCCAUAAAUAUAUAGGUCAUAUAAUAGAGCUGCAUCUUAUUGGCCACAUUGAAUAAUAAGUUUGCCUCUGACUGGUUAAUUCUUGGUACCAGAAAUUCUUAUAUAAAAGUAUAGGCACCUGAUUUUUAAAAAAAGUUGCUUUGGGCCCUGGCUGGUGUGGCUCAGUGGACUGCACCAGCUUCAAACUGAGAUGUCACCAGUCUGGUUCCAAGUCAGGGCACAUGCCUGUGCUGCAGGACAGGUCCCUGUUGGGGGCUUACAAGAAGCAGUGGAUCAAUGUUUCUCUCACGUACAUCAAUGUUUCUCUCCCUCUCUUUCUCCCUCCACUCCCCUCUCUUUAAAAAAUAAAUGAAAUCUAAAAAAAAAUAAUAAAUAUAUGAAAUCUAAAAAAAGGUCACUUUGGAACAAAAAGGGUAGGUAGGUAAUUCCUAUUUUUUAUAAAUCAAUUGAAAUUGUACCUAAUUUUUUGUCAGAUCGCCAAAAAAAUAUUUUCCAGUGCACUGCAGAACUUUAGUGAUUAGUUUGUGUGCCAUGAGAUGGAAAAGGUUGAAAACUGCUUGGCUAGACAAAUGAAUGGAUGACGGUACAUUCACCAGGCUGGGCAACACAGGAGGAUAAGCUACUUGGAUGAUGAGCUCAGUUUUGAAUAUACUGUUUUAGUGUCUUUGGAACACCCAAGAAAUCCAAAAGGCAGUGGGACCUAUGUGUUUGGGUCUCAGGAGAUGGAUCUGGGCUAGAGAUAAAGUUUUGAGUCACCGGAGUACAGGUGGUAGGUGAGUGCAAGGGGAUGGAUGAGAAUGACCUCCGUGUUUAUGUUGCAUAAGGAAAGAAGAGGGCAGGUUAACAAAGAACCCAAGUCUGGGAGCAGGUUAACUUUCAUAAAGGGCAGAGGAAGAGGAAUCCACAGAGGAGAAUUCGAAUGGCCAGCCAGAAAGUUAAGAGGAAAACCAGGAAAAUUAGUGUUGUAAGUCCCAAAGUUGGUGUGGCCAUGAAUAUGCAGGCUGCAGAAAUCAAGUAAGAUCAUAAUGGAGAAGUGUCCAGUGGACACAGUGGGAUGGGGGGCACUGGCAACCUUGGUGAGAACUGAACCAAUAGAGGGGUGCGGUGGGACAAGAAGCCAGCCCAGAGUCGGGUGAGAAGGCAGAGGGAGGUAAGGGUUAAAAUUAGGCAACUCUAAGAAUGUAGCUAUAAAGGGGAAGUGAGAGUGGCAGCUGGAGAGGUUUCUAAAAGCUGGAAGAGGGUAGUGGUUGGAGUUCUCCCCAGUGGGAGAGAGUAGAGCCAAAAGGAGGGCUUGGGGGAAAGUUGUGGAAGGGGGUGAUAAGGGCCUGUGUCGGGAAGGAGACUGUUCACUGGGUCACAUGAGCCCCUAUCAGGCUGGCAUUUCCUCUCCAUCCUCUUCCUGCCCCUGACCAGCCCUCUCUGGAGCUGGAAGAAGGACCGAGUCACACCCUGGAAGAAGCUCUGUGCCUUCGGAGGUUUUUCUGCCUGCCUGUCCCCAUGACUCUCUUCCUCUUGCUGCUCCUGCUGCCAAGCCCCUCACGCCCCCAAACCCCUUGUGAGACUUCCAAAGUGGCCAACCUGUUGGAAGUGAACUGUGAUAAUCUGGGGCUGAAGGCACUGCCUCCAGGUUUGCCAGCAGACACGGCCAUCCUCCACCUGGGCAAGAACUCCUUGAGCACCUUCUCCAUGGUGCCCCUGGUGCCUCUGACUCGCCUUACUCAGCUGCACAUGGAGAACAGCCAGCUGACCAGCCUGCAGGCUGACGGGGUGCUGCCACUGCUGGAGAUCCUGGAAAUACCCCACAAUAAGUUGACAAGCCUGCCCUUGCUAGGAGAGGCAUUGCCAGCACUCACUACCCUGGAUGUCUCCCACAACAAGCUGAGCUCAUUGUCUCCUGGUGCCCUGAGUGGCCUGAGCCAACUCCAUGAGCUCCGCCUGCGUGGCAAUAAGCUGAAGAUUCUGCCCCCCGGGCUCCUGGCAUCGACACCCCAGCUCAGGAAGCUCGAUCUGGCUGACAACCAGUUGACAGAGGUUCCCCCUGGGCUCCUGGAUGGGUUGCAGGAGCUUGACACCCUCUUCCUCCAAGGGAACUGGCUGCGCACCAUACCAGAGGGCUUCUUUAGGGAUCUCCUCCUGCCUUUUGCUUUUCUCCAUAACAACCCCUGGUACUGCGACUGUAGCAUCCUUUAUUUCCAUCUCUGGCUGACAGACAAUGAAAACAAUGUCUACACAUGGAUGGAAGGUGUGGAUGUCAAGGCCAUGACCCCCAAUGUGAAGAGUGUGCGAUGUAUCAAUGAGGCCAAGACACCCAUCAUUGAGUACUCAAAAAAGGACUGCCCCCCUCUGAUUGGUGGGGGUUACACCAACGACUAUGAUGAUAGCUCUGAAGUCGGGAGUAAUAUGGUGCCUACAAGGGCUGUCGUCACCAACACCAAAGCCGAAACAACCCACUGGGGCCUGCUCUACUCAGAAUCUGCUGCUUCUCUACACAGUCAAAUGCCCUACUUGCCUCCAACCCAAGAAUCCACUAAGAAACAGACCACAUUCCCAACCACCAGAGAACCCAUCACAUUCUCCAAAACUCCAAAACCCACUACUGAGCCUACCACAACCCCAACCACCCCUACUCCUACCACCCCAGAACCCACCACAACCUCACCCACCCCAGAACUCACAACCCCACCCACCACAACCCCACCCACCCCAGAACCCACAACCCCGACCACCCCAGAACCUACAACCCCACCCACCACAACCCCACCCACCCCAGAACCCACAACCCCACCCACCACAACCCCGACCCCAGAACCUACAACCCCACUCACAACCCUGACCAUCCCAGAACCUACAACCCCACUCACCACAACCUCGACCACCCCAGAACCUACAACCCCACCCACAACCUUGACCACCCCAGAACCUACAGCCCCACCCACCACAACCCCGACCAUCCCUGAACCCACCACAACCCCAACCACCCCCAAACCCACCAUAAUCCAGACCAUCUCAGAACCAACGAUACUUUCAACCACCACAGAAUCCACCUCACUCCCUAUGUUAGAAUCCACAAUCAUCCUUAAAUUUGGUGACCUCGCAAAGGUCCGUGGGGUGGCUCAAGGGAAUGUGGACAGCUCCAGAAACGACCCUUUUCUCAACCCUGACUUUUGCUGUCUCUUCCCCCUGGGCUUCUACAUCUUGGGUCUCCUCUGGCUCCUGUUUGCCUCUGUUGUUCUCAUCCUGCUGCUGACCUGGGUCUGGCACAUGAAACCACAGGCCCUGGCCACAGCCAAGCACACCACACACGUGGAACUGCAGAAGGGAAGGCAAGUGGCCGUGCCCCGGGCCUGGCUGCUUUUCCUUCAAGGGACACUCCCAACUUUCCGCUCCAGCAUCUUUCUGUGGGUCCGGCCUAAUGGCCGCGUGGGACCUCUGGUGGCAGGACGGCGGCCCUCAGCCCUGAGUCUGGGUCGCGGUCAGGACCUGCUGGGUACAGUGAGCGUUAGGUACUCGGGCCACAGCCUCUGAGGGUGAGUGAUCUGGGGACUUUAGAGGUUUCUUAUUAGGAUAUAGCUGGGGCAGGGUGGGAGUAAAAAGCACAGGGUUGGGGGAAGUCUUAAUCAGUUUUCCUUUCUCAGAAGUCUUCUCUUCACACCACAGAAACACCUCAGACCCAGCAAACCAGGAGGGGUAGUGAGAUGAGUUGGCUAGGUCAUUGAAAAGUUCCCAAUGCUCCAUCUGAUGAGGAUGGAGGUGUUUUGCAGACUACUAGAUUAUUACUUUUGGGAAGUUUUAGGAAAAAGCAAAUAAAAAACACCAUAAAGCAUGGCCUCUAUGAUUAUCUGUGUAUUAAAAAAUCUGAAGGAACUUAUCAAGAUGUGAGCCCUGAUUGUCUCUGGGUGGUAUAAAUAUGGUUUCCCUUUCCUCUGCUUGGCAUUCUCUAGGUUUCUACCAUCAUAUUUGUAUAAUAAAAACUAAUUCCAAGCCCUGACUGGUAUGGCUUAGUGGAUUGAGUGCCAGCCUUCAAACCAAAGAGUUCCCAGUUCAA